AUGCCGUGUGGAUGUGGCACCUGUGGUCAUGACACUAUUGGUCGUAGCGCCCGUGAUCCUGGUGCCCGUGGACGAGGCACCCGAGUUACCCAUCCUGCUCCCGUUGUUGAGGAUCUGAUUCCUGAGGUCCCGAUCAGGCCUGUUCCUCUAGUUGAGCCCGUAGCGCCCGUACCUCCAGUUGCUCCGGUUCCCCCACCUAUUCCACCUCCUCAGCUUGCUGUUUCAGUUUCGGAGGCUUCUGUUCCACCGACCGCACCCGUGCCUCCGCCUGAGGCGAGUGCCGCUCUUACCUUUCCGACAGUACUAUAG